AUAUGUUCAAGGAAAGACCGAGAGAAUUCAAAAAUAUUCCAAUCAUUAUACUACUCUCUGAGUCUUGUUUUAUCUUUGCAGUUGUAGUUGUGCCUUCAACACAGCUCUUCACGAACCACAAUGCCUACUACCCCAUCCAAAGAUGCGCCACUGAUCAUUGUCGGUGCUGGCGUUUUUGGCCUCAGUCUUGCCUACGACCUCGUUGCAAACAGGAGCUACACCAAUGUCACUGUUCUUGACCGUUACAUGCCCCCGGUUCCAGAUGGCAGCAGCGUUGAUGUGUCGCGCAUCAUUCGCUCAGAAUAUGCAGACCCGUUCUACUCAGCCCUUGCUGUCGACGCCAUGGCAGGGUGGCGAAGCCCUGAUUGGGUCUCGCAAUACCAUGAAUCCGGCUUCAUGAUGCUGUCCACUCGCAAUAACCCCUAUAUGCAGGGAUAUCGUGGCAUGCGCCAAGAGCAAAAGUCUCGGCAGCCGAUGGAAUUGUUCGAGGCUCAUGAAGCUGACCAGCGAAUUAAGAGCAUCUACUCGGGUGUUCAAGCCGACCUCAAGGAUGCAACGGUAAUGCACAACAACAUUGGCGGGUGGGCCGACGCUCACGGUGCUAUCCGCGGGCUCGCUACUCGGUGCAGCUUGGUGGGCGUUUCAUUCAUCACUGGUGCACACGGCACCGUGGUCUCACUCGAAAGAGUCGGGUCUCGUGUGACUGGCGUCCAGACGGCUGCUGGAACCAAGAUGUAUGCAGAUACGGUGGUCCUUGCUACCGGUGCUUGGACUAACGGUCUUGUUCAAGACAUGAACCACAACCUCAUGGCUGUUGGUCAGCCUGUAGGGUUUAUUCAAUUGAGCCCGGAUGAAGCAAAGCGGAUGAGUGCAAUGCCCGUUAUGAUUAACAUGGACACGGGUGUCUUUUGCUUCCCACCCACGCCAGAUACGCAUCAGCUGAAGCUUGCCCGCCAUGGGUUUGGUUUUGCCACGCAGGUUCAAGUCGGACCGGGUCGCGUCAUCUCGACACCAAAACUUCGAGGCAACAAUGCUGCCACUGGUUACUUGCCCGAUGAUGCGGAGAAGGCGCUUCGAGAAGGGGCCAAGUUUUUCUUCCCCGAGGUUGGCGACCGCCCAUGGGCCAAUCUGAGAAUGUGUUGGUACACAGACACUCCAAAGAGUGACUUUAUGGUUGACUACCACCCAAGCAUGGAGGGAUUGUUCUUUGCUACAGGUGGUUCUGGACAGUGAGCCCUAUGCUAUGUCUCGUCCCAUUCGUCUUUCCAGGAUGCUAACAGUUCGCCUCAGUGCCUUCAAGUUCCUCCCGGUCC